CGUAAACUCGUCGCUUUCAGCCAACGAUGACAGCGUCAAAGUUUGUAGCAGUCGUGACCGGGGGAAAUAAGGGUAUCGGGAAGGCGAUAGUUUCUGAACUCGCUAGGCAGUACCGCGGGAAUACCCCUCUGUCCAUUUACCUGACAGCGAGGUCGGAUGACCUGGGCCGACAAGCUGUCGCAGAAACGCAGGGGCAGUUACACGGUAGCAACAUCCAGGUUCAGUUCUUGCAGUUGGACAUAUCGUCGCCAGAGAGCAUCAACACUGCCGCUAAAAAAAUUCAUGAAACUGCCGGUCAUGUGGAUGUCCUCAUCAACAAUGCCGCUAUCGCCUUCAAGGGCGAUGCGUUCGAUGAUAACGUAGCUCGACAAACGGUGGAUACCAAUUACACAGGGACAAAGAAUGUCACCCUGGCAUUUCUUCCCUUGGUACCGAAAAAUGGGCGUAUUAUUAAUGUGAGCUCCUCGGCUGGUAAACCUAGGAUCUUGUCGGAAGAUUUACAGGCAAAGUUUGCGCGAGACGACGUACGUUUGGAAGAUCUGGAUGAUCUGAUGGAACAAUUUAUCAAGGAUGUUAGUGAGGGUACAUACUCGAAGAAGGGAUGGCCAAAGCAAGCUUAUGGAGUGUCCAAAGUAGGCGUUACUGCCUUCACCCGCGCAUUGGCCAGGCUGCCAGAUGUGAAAGAUCGGAAUGUUUUAGUGGCAGCUUGCUGUCCAGGCUGGGUAAGGACCGAUAUGGCAGGACCGAAUGCCCCUAAGAGUCCGGAAGAAGGUGCCCAGACACCGGUUUGGUUGGCGCUUGCUGAUGUUGAUGAUAUAUUGCAUCAUGGAGAGGUGCAGAAUGGAGGGUUUUACAAGGACCGUCAGAAAGCUGAAUGGUAGUCAGAUAGUUGGCAAAAUUGGACUCCAAAAUUUGGAAAAGUCUAAUGUACAUCAAGAAGGUGUCGAGUGUCUGCCAUUAAGAUAUGAAUGAAAUAUACUAUAAAACAAUAAUCGGGCAUAUACUAUACUAAAUACUUCGUGGACGUGCCUAUGUCAAUGUCAA